AUGGGCCUCACAUAUAGAAAGUCAGAAACAGUCUCUACCUAUGUUGAUGCGGAUUGGGCCGGAGACGAAGGUGACCGAAGAUCCUAUACAGGUUAUGUCUUCAUGCUUGGAGGUGCAGCAAUCAACUGGGAGUCCAAGAAGCAACCGACCGUGGCCUUAUCGACGACCGAGGCCGAAUAUAUGGCUUUGGCGGAGGCGGCGAAGGAAGUGGCAAGAUUAAUUUGCGGUUCCCUCACUCUUGAAUACGAAGGUAAGCAUUCUUCACUGGCCCAUCAGUGCUGCGUCGACAAGCACCUCGCGUCACUGAUCGGCUUGUUUUGGGAGCAGGAGGAAUCCCCUAGGACAGCGAUCCCACUCACCGAGGAUGAGCAGCGAGCCGAGACACUCUUCGUGCAGACACAUUCCAGGACUGAGGACGGGAGGUACGUCGUGCGGCUUCCAGUGUCUACAACACUUCCAGACCUAAGCCACACUCGACGCACAGCGCUGCGUACGCAGCUUGGUAUGGAAAGGCGAUUUCUAAAGAACGCAGCACUGUACGAGAGGUACGCAGAGUUCAUGGAGGAGUACGAAGCACUUGGCCACAUGACUCCGGCAGCGCCACUCAGCGAUGUUAAGGCAUGCUACUUACCUCACCACGGGGUAUUCAAACAAACCGACUCAACGAAAAAGAUCCGGGUGGUCUUCAACGGGUCAUCAAAACUGCCUUCAGGAGAAUCCCUGAACGAGUUCCUGCUUCCUGGCCCAAAUUUGUUGCCUGCUCUACCGGACGUACUGACGAGGUGGAGACGACAUCAGGUCGUGCUGGUCACGGACAUAGCCAAAAUGUACCGGCAAAUUAUGGUGCAUCCUGACGACCGCAACCUCCAGCGAAUCCUGUGGAGGAAAACCCACAACCAGGCACUACAAGAGUACCAACUCAAUACAAUCACGUACGGGUUGGCAUGUGCGCCGUACCUUGCCAUCCGGACGCUGCAGCAGCUUGCUGCCGAUGAGGAGAGACGGUACCCGCUAGGAGCAGCCGUGCUCCGAUCCAGCUGCUACGUGGACGACAUCUUGACGGGAGCCGACAGCAUCGAGGAGGCUCGCGAGAUCCAGGAAGAAUUGAUCUUUCUGUGCGCAGCGGGUGGCUUUCCACUGAGCAAGUGGGCUGCCAACUCCGAAGCGCUAUUGGACGGCAUCCCAGUGAGUCACAAGCACCGACAGUGCCCUCCAGCUUGGGGGCAGGACCUGGAGCACUCCACCCUCGGACUGCAGUGGCAUCCCCGAGAAGACGCCUUCUCCUUCAGGAUGUCGCCUGCAACGACACAACAAAUCACUAAGAGAACGGUCUUGUCACAGACAGCUCGACUGUUCGACCCUCUCGGGUGGCUGGCCCCGGUGGUCAUCAAGGCAAAAAUUCUGAUCCAGCAGCUGUGGUUGCAGCGGCUCGACUGGGACGACCAGCUAGCAUGCAAGGACGAACGAGAGUGGCUCACUUUCCAAGGAGAACUCCAGACCCUGGGUGACAUCCGCGUGCCCCGUUGGCUGAACACCAGCCACACCGACGAAGUCGAGCUGCAUGGCUUCGCCGACGCAUCAGAGCGGGCAUACGCAGCCGCAGUUUAUGCCGUGGUGCAGCCUGGCAGGGCGGGCGGCGGACAAUUCCUCCUGACGGCCCGAACAAAGGUCGCGCCCAUCAGCCAGGUAUCACUCCCACGGCUUGAACUUUGCGCUGCAGCUCUCCUGGUCAAGCUGGCGGCGCACACCCAUAAAACGGCGGGCCUAGCCAUCUCCAGCACCCACUUGUGGUCAGAUUCGACAGUGGCCCUCGCCUGGAUCCACGGACACUCAUCGAAAUGGAAGACCUUCGUCGCAAACAGGGUCGCCACCAUCCAACGGACGCUCCCCGAGGCUAUCUGGCGCCACGUUCCCAGCAAGGACAACCCCGCCGAUUGCGCAUCGCGAGGACAGGCUCCCACGGCGCUGCUCGCGCACACACUAUGGUGGAGGGGCCCGGCCUGGCUGACCGAUCGUACUUCCUGGCCAACCCGGACAGAAUUCACCGCCUGCGAGGAGGACCUCCCGGAUCGACGCACCCUAGUGCAUCUCGCCACCGAGGAAGCCGAGGAUGACCACAUCAUGCUUCAGCGAAUCUCGUCACUUCAUAGGCUGCUCAGAGUGACAGCCUGGUGCCGACGAUGGCUCUGUAAAAUUAGACAGACAACGUUCGUUUCCGCCAGCGGUGUCUUGACACUGGAAGAACUGGAGGAGGCACGCCUCACCUGGAUACGGACGACUCAGGAAGCCCACUUCAAGAGGGAACGGAAGGCUAUGGAGAGGGAGAAGCCACUACUCAGAUGCAGCCCUCUCACCAAGCUGGCUCCCUUCAUCGACGACAAGGGGCUCCUGCGCGUGGGAGGGCGACUCAAACAUUCGCUGCUGAGCCCGGACGAGCGACACCCAGUCAUCUUGCCAGCAGCCGCACGCUUCACUACCAUGCUCAUUGAUGCGUGUCACAGGGAGACGAUGCACGGCGGGAUCCAGCUCACGCUGGGAACAAUCCGACGGCGAUAUUGGAUCCCAGGCGGUCGAGCAGCCGUCAGGCGACACAUCCACCGAUGUGUGAGAUGCGUGCGAUGGCGGGCGGCAACACCGAAAACAUUGAUGGGCGACCUUUCUGGUCCAAGAGUCACCGCAUCGCGGCCAUUCACGCACACGGGCGGGGAUUACGCUGGACCCGUGCAGCUCCGGACAAGCAAGGGACGUGGUCAUCGAUCGUGCAAGGCUUUCCUUGCCAUUUUUGUGUGUUUCAGUACCAAAGCUGUGCAUCUUGAGGUGGUCUCAGACUACAGUGCCGACGCCUUCCUCGCCGCCUUCCGGCGCUUUGUAUCUCGCCGUGGCCUCUGCCGGGUUGUCUACAGUGACCAAGGAACCACGUUCGUCGGGGCCGACACUCAGCUCAAGGCCCUCUUCCGAGAUGCAGCGAAGAGCAACGAUUACAUCGCCAAUACCCUGGCCAACCAUGGAGUCCAGUGGUGCUUCAACCCGCCGGCAGCUCCUCAUUUUGGCGGUCUGUGGGAAGCGGCCGUCAAGUCAGUGAAGCAUCACCUACGAAGGGUGAUAGGCGACUCUACACUCACCUUCGAGGAAAUGAGUACAGUGCUGGCACAAAUAGAGGCGUGCCUGAAUUCACGACCACUACAGGCGCUAUCGGACGAUCCCGAGGACGUGAACGCACUCACCCCGGGAUACUUCUUGAUUGGCGCCCCACUCAAUGCUGUGCCGGAGCCAUCCUUGGUGGAACACGCCCCGAGCCGGCUAUCCAGAUGGCAAUUGCUCCAGCAAAUGCGGGACCACUUUUGGCACAGGUGGUCUCACGAGUAUCUACACACAAUAGCAACGCGAGCCAAAUGGUGGAGAUCGGACAUUGCACCAGGUAUAGGGGACUUAUGCAUUAUCAAAGGAGAAAACUCACCCCCAGGGAAAUGGCCGUUGGCACGCAUCACGGAGAUCCAUCCUGGAGGCGACGGGGAAGUCCGUGUGGUAACCGCACGAACAACCACCACUUCCCUCAAGCGACCGGUAACCAAAAUCGUCCUGCUGCCGUCAAGCGUCACAGCGCAAGAGGGAUGACUUCCGAGGCAACCCCUUCACUCGACGGAUCGUGCUGCAACAAACUCUACCAAGCGUAUCAUACAUAAGCUCUCUCACCUUCGUCUCAUUCAGUUCUGUAAUCUCAAGCAAACAAAGCUAACCUCACUUUACGCUCUCACCUCGCACAGAGGAGAUUGAUUCCAGGCUCGAUUCAGGCUGUGUGAUUCCCCCAACUUCUCUGUAUCUGUCACUCGGGUGUCAUCUCGUACUUAACUCACGACCACACACUGCAUCUCGUGCACACUGCCACCACUGCCGCGUCCUACUGCACUUUGUAUCGUUGCAUGACGUACCGAUCACUACAUUGAUUACACCACCAAUGAGCAAUGAGGCGAGAGCGUAAACCGCAGCGCCGAACGCCACCAAUUUCGCUAGUAGCCACUAGCGAGGCGGGCGGCAUGUUCAAAGUCUUGAAUAAUCAUAUCACCUCAUUUGUGAUUUCGCUGCAAAAUCAUAACGGCAUCGAUAUUCAUGCGAUGUUUAUUAUUGGCAUGGGAAUUGACUGAGCGAGAUAACGGUCCGGCACUGUUUUGGGUCGUCACCUCCGAGACAACGGCGGAUCGCCGGGAUCGCUUCGCAGUCGCACUCUUCCAUGCCACUAAUAGAAACAAAAACAAGGGGAGUCACAGCGAUGUGACUCGGGUACAACACAGGAGCUUCGAGAACCGUCUCCAGAAAGGCGGUAUAAAACCAGCGCGAGCGCGUGCCUGGCUCAGAUCGCUUUCCGUUAUCGCAAGUUUCGGAAGUCAUCGCGCUUUGUACUUCGCCGUACGUUAAGAUACUCGCUUAAGCCGCAUCGCGAAUAUCCGUUGUGAGAGAAAGGGAAAAGCUGUAAAUAGUGUAUAUAGAUGUGUUAAAAAUAUUCUGCAUUAAAAAAUCACAUCGUGUUAGUGAGACCAAACGUGUCGUGUCUAAACCUCCUCCCUCGAGCACUGAACACAAAUAAUAUCAAUUGAAUCAGUUUUUGACGUGGAUGCUUUAGGAAAUAAAUCAGAAUUAGGACGUUUUAAUUGGCUAUUUUCAGAACUUAGAUCAAUGCAGUGCUUUGUUCUCAAAUGUAUUUUUAAACCUUUGUAAGAACCUUUAGUGAUUUUUAGCAUAUUAGAGCACAAUGAGCAUUUCGCGCAGUUGUCUUUGUUCAUUCUUUUAAAAUAAUGCCAUACAUUUUUCUCAUUGUCCUCACCACUAUUCUCCUCAUUUUGACUUGGUUUUAAAAGUGACAUGUUUUAGAAUUUUGAGACUAGUAUAGUAUCUGCAAUGCAAUACAAAUAGGUAAAUACUUACUCAUAAAUGCAACAUAAACAUAAUUCACCUAUCAAUUGAACAAUAAUAACAUCCAUCUACUUACAUUUAUUUAAUGAAGCAGCGACAAAAACACAACACACAUUUGUUAGCUCGAGCGAGUCAAAUGACAAUUGAUAGCCGGCAAACGCGGCUCGUGUCGCAUGGCGCGGCCGGGUGGAGCAGGCGCGGACUGGUAGCGGGGAGCGGGUGGGUCGAGCGGCGUCGAGCGCGACUGAU